AAAAUCUCUGUUCCUACUAUCUCUUGCUCAGUAUGACUGAAUCUUUGUGUACUACCUGCAUGCAGUUCGCAAAAGACUUUGCUGAGAUUGAUGCAAAAGACUCGAAUUUUCGUCGUACAAUCGCACCUAAUAUUUACCAACUUCAAGAAUCGGCACAAAAUGGCUGCUCUCUGUGUCAAAUCACCUACCAGUGCUUUUCUUACCAAGUUCCAAAAUGUUAUUGGAAUCCGACAUUAGCCAUUCAUUUAUGGGUAUACAAGGUUCCCCGUCGUUUUGACAGCAACGAUACAACCGACGGACAAGGAAUAUGCAACCAAGAUCCAACGGAGCUGAAGUUGUCGUGUGGCAUUGGAAAAGACAUAGACCGCUGUAGAUGGCACCUUGUACCACUCGUUACGCACGAGGAAAAAGAAAAGGGACUUGCCGAAUGGGACUCGCGUAGCACUAGAUCAAUAGCGGAUUUAUCGUCAGCUGAGGGUGUUGAGAAGGCUAUUGUGUUGGCCAAAAGCUGGUUACAAAAGUGUUCAGCGAACCAUGAAAAGUGCGGUAUACAGCUUGUGGAUCCGCAUCUGACCAAGACAAUACCGACAAGACUCAUCGACGUUGGCUCCAAGGAUGGAUCAUUUUCUCCAAAGAUAGUCAUCACAAGCCCCUCAUCUGAAACGGAAUAUCUUGCUUUGAGCUAUGCAUGGGGUUCUGGUCACAAUUUUGCCAAAACAACCGCGUCCAACCUGGAGGAAAUGAUAGAAUGCCUGCCAUGGGAUGAGCUAGCGAAGACCGUACAAGAUGCCAUCAUAUUCACAAGAAAGUUGGGAUUUCGCUAUUUAUGGGUGGAUGCUCUGUGCAUAUUACAGAGCGAAGGACCAGAAGACAAACAGCACAAAGAUGAUUGGUCUUACGAAGCUGCCAGAUUCGGGCAAUACUACGAAAACGCCACCUUGACGAUUGCAGCAAGCGGCGCAAUAUCAUCCCAACAAGGACUAUUUCUUGACAGGCCUGCGCUAUGCUUCGCUCCGAAAACAGUAACGCUCAAAAUCAAUAAGAUGUCUGGUGGCACUACAUAUGUUGCAGUUCAGCCACCGUCCCCUUUAUGGGAGCUAAGUAUCCAGGAUGCUCCCCUUCUUACCAGAGGAUGGGCUAUACAAGAGCGAGUCUUGUCGAAAAGAAUACUCCAUUUUGGCGCCAGCUGUUUGCUGUGGGAAUGUCGUGAACUUAAAACUACGGAGGCAAGUCCCAAUAGCUCAGACCCCAAGGUUUACGGUUACAGAAACGAAGAAUUCAUUUCUGUUUUUCAGAACUUGGAAAACCAGCAGCAAGGCGAACUUAUGACACUAUGGUAUCAAUUCGUGGAGUCUUAUUCAGGAACAAACUUCUCUUUUUAUAGAGACAAGCUCCCAGCGCUGUCCGGUAUCGCCAAGAGAAUCCAAAGUCGCUUUCCACAAGAUUAUAUAGCGGGAAUGUGGGAAUCAUCUAUCCCCCAAGGGCUGCUUUGGAUAGGCUGGGGAGGACAGGAGCCUGAAGCUGACCCAUCGCGUGGCACAAAUCGACCCUCAUGGUGUUGGGCCUCUCCUAUUCAUCCGAUCGUAUUUCUCCCGAUCAUGACCUACUACAAAGAUCAGUAUAUAACGCUUCAAGUGAAGUCGUGGUCGAUUAGGACAAACGGGCCUCAGACAUCAGGCCAAUUACUUGAGGGGAGUGUCACUAUUCGCGGCCCUGUCAAGUCAUUCAACCUUUACGAUCUGAACUUGGAGUUCGUUUUCGGUCCCGACGUGUACGAUAAGGAGGGUAAUACAAUUAAGAGUGAAGCUACUUUGGGUAUCCGAAGACCCGAGGAUCGCAUCGCAUAUUUGGAUUAUACGAAUUUCUUGGGACUCAUUAACAAGAGCUAUACCUGUAUCUUGGUAGCAAAACUCCUCCCGUCAAUGUGGACUCCCGCAGAAAAGAGGGUAAUUGGGGCUGCACUGAUCUUACAGCCCACUGGACGAGUUGGAGCAUUCGACGAGUAUAAGAGAAUUGGAGUUCUUUGCCUUCCAUUUGAAGACUACUGGGCCAAUGCCCAGGACAACAAAGCGGUUGAGCUUGUGUAAUUGCUACUACUAAGAUCUCAUGUGAGAUAUAUAUUGAGAAAUGGCCCGAUGCCAUAAAGAUCCGCAAUUCCUAUUCUCGGCCAUCAAAUAUGAAACCAAAACGUCGUAUUUUUGACAAAAUCAAUUCAACGUUUGAGUUAUUUCCCUUCUGUUUUCCGCAGGCUUAUAUGUAGAAGGAGAUGGAGGAUCGUAUGCCGAAAUUAUGAUAAAUUGAACUCAGCUGAUAAGAAGGAUACUGCAUUUAAAGAAUGUUAGGA